AUGCAUGUACAACAGUACCUCCUCGACCAUUCCCAAAUCCAAGACACUCUGAAAAGGAUGGUAUGUUUCCCUAUCCACGCCCCUUUGCGCCCAUCCCAGUCCAGCAGCACAGAAGUUAACCGAGAAAAGUACUACGGAUUUGACAGCCACCAACUCGAGAUCUGCCGAAAGGAAGCCUUCGCCUCAGAAAUAGCCAUCGACUACACACAAGUCUUCGGCGGUUCACCCGAAACCCAUACCACCGAUAGCAUUGUGAAAUCAUGGGAGGGCCUAUGGACAAAGAUCACCAUCGCGUCGCAUGCUUUAAGUAAUAUCCUGCCCCAGCUCUCGCUCAAUCAGUACCACGACGACAAGAAACCCGACGCCGUGCACGUAGAUAUGAACAUCGACGUCUAUCUCGUCAGGGACGAGCCAGAUGGGAAACAGGUGACCGCGAAUGCUAGAGCUAGAAUGGCGAUCGAAGUGGUGCGGCAAGGUACGAAAGAGGGCGAGAACCCCUGGCGAGUAAGCAAGAUGGUUGUGCAUAAGGUCUCUGCGGACGGCUUCGUUUCCCCUCUCAUCUCGGAAUUACACGUGUCAUGA